AAACAGUCCUUUCCUAAUAAACCGACAUGUAGCACCUUCUUCGCAUCCAUAACAACUCCCACAAUUCCCACAAAUAUUUCUCUAUAAAUAACAUCCAAACGUUUGCCACUUUAACACAUCCAGUGAAGCAAAAAUAACCUCCCACAGAAGAUUAAUUACUACUAAUCCAUUAUGGCUAACAGCAGAUUUGCUCGUCCAAUUUUUGACAACCCCUUUCUUAAGAUUGAAGAAAAAAAAGGUGACACAGUAAAACGUAACUCUGAAUCCCUUAGACAAGCCAAUUGUGAUCCCAAAGGCACUUCGUUAGUCGUAACCAGGGACGUAGAUCUCGACACCAGUAAAAAUACCUGGCUUCGACUUUACGUGCCUAGACGACUAACAAAAGCUACUAAUCCUAAGAAAUUACCGCUCAUUGUGUACUAUCAUGGUGGUGGCUUUGUUUAUUUCCAUGCCAAUACGUUUAUUUUCGACGUUUUUUGUCAAGCACUAGCUGAAAGAGUUGGUGCUAUGGUAAUAUCACUCGAAUAUCGUCUUGCCCCUGAAAAUCGCCUUCCUGCAGCUUAUGAUGAUGCCAUGGAUGGGUUACAAUGGAUUAAGUCCACUAAGGAUGAAUGGGUCAGUAACUAUGCUGAUUUGAAAAACGUUUUUCUCUGUGGAACUAGCUCUGGAGGCAAUUUGGCUUACAAUGCAGGUCUACGUGCCGCAGCUAUAGCUAAAGAGCUAGAGCCUUUGAAGAUCAAAGGGUUGAUUUUGCAUCAUCCAUAUUUCAGUGGGAAAAACAGGACAGAAUCAGAAGAAAAGCUGAAAGAUGAUCAACUACUUCCACUUCAUGCUAUUGACAAGAUGUUUGACUUGUGUUUGCCAAAAGGCGUUGAUCAUGAUCAUGAAUAUUGUAACCCUUGUGCUAAUGGAGGGUCAAAACAUUUAGAUGAUAUAAAGGAAUUAGGAUGGAAGGUUUUGGUUAGUGGUGCAUCUGAAGAUCCUUUAGUUGAUGCUGCUCGUAAUUGUGUUAGGUUGAUGGAAGAGAAAGGUAUAAGAGUAUUCAAGUUCUUUAGAGAUGGUUACCAUGCUAUGGAAGUGUUUGAUCAAUCAAUGGCCCAGGCUUUAUAUGAUGCUACCAAAGAUUUCUUAUAUGCUGCUACUAGAAUUUAAAUUAUAAUAGUAAUAUCUAUGUUGUGUUUGUUUCAUUUCAUUCUGGUGCAGGUGAGUUUAAUUUCUUUGUUCAAAUAAGAGAGCGCUGUACUCCAUAUAGUGUAUGGAAGUUUAAUAAGUUGUUCUACUUUUCUGAUGAA